AGUUUAUUUCAAUUUCACUUUCACUCUUUGUGCUGACUGACUGCGCGACUCUUCGUGUUUCAUCGGAGAUAAUUGUUAUAUAUUAUUCUGACGGACUUGUUAAAAAAAUUGCAUAUCAGCUCAAUACAUUCUUUGCAACAAUGACUUCCUUAGACAUGAGCCCUGCGUCAAAGAAAGAGGUUGAUGGAUUCACAAAGAAACUCACUAAAGAGGCAGAACAACUAGUCUCAAAUUUUUUCCCUGAGAUGAUUGCAGAAAUGGACAACCUGUUGCAGGCCUCCCUGUCCCUGGGUGACUUCUCAUCUCUUAGGGCCCCACUGGACAUCCCUAUACCAGACCCUGCCAAAGAGGAACUUAAGAGAAAGAAGAAAGAGGAGAAAGAAGCGAAGGCAGGAAAGAAAGACAAAGAUGGUGAUAAAGACGAAGAGGAAGCAGGCCCUCCCUGUGGUCCCAUUUCCUGUAAUGAGAAAGUGGAGAGUCUGAUCAAAGAGAUUAAGCCCCACAUUCAAACUCUGAAGGAAAAACUCAACACAGUGUCAAUGUGGGUGCAACUACAAAUUCCCAGGAUUGAGGAUGGGAACAACUUUGGUGUGGCUGUACAGGAGAAGGUAUUUGAGCUACUUACCAAUACUCGCACCAAGAUUGAAGGUUUCCAGACACAGAUCACAAAGUAUUACAGUGAGAGGGGAGAUGCUGUAGCCAAAGCUUCCAAACAGCCCCAUGUGGGAGAUUACAGACAGCUUGUUCAUGAAUUGGAUAAACACCAGUACUGUGAGCUACGCAUUGUGGUUCUGGAGAUCCGCAAUACAUAUGCUAUAUUGUUUGAUGUCAUCAGCAAGAACUACGACAAGAUUAAGAAACCCAGAGGAGACUGCAAAGCUCUUAUUUACUGAGUAAUAAACCUGAUCUGCAUUGGCAAUACAUACACGCAUAAAGAAACAUAUCAGAUUUCAUUUAAAGACGCCUCCACAGCUUUAAUAAUGCACUGACUUCAGUCUAAAAUUUCAUUCAUUAGAUAAUGUGUUUUUGUUCAGAUUUACAUAAUAAAGGUGUGGAAUUUUA